CGAUAAGAUUAACCCAAGAACGUCCUUCACAUGUCCGGAAUCAGAUUGCUGCUCCAAAGCGCCACCUGUUAUUUUAGCUCUGUUCCUAACGUCCGGUGCUCCUGCGGAAAGGAAAUGAGCUACGCUGGAACAUGGCCAAAGAAAAACAUGAAUGCAGCUGGAGAUGGGGUUUUCGUCAGGGGAGGCAUUAAGUUUAUUGUAAGCGAUGAAUUGCAUAUAACGCUGGCUUCUACAGCGGUUAUUUUAUCUCUUUUUAGCAAGAAAGGGAUAAAAGAUGGUAGCAUGCUUGAGGAGAGAAUUAUGGAUAUUGGCCAUGAUGAGAUCUUAAAGUUGCUUGAAAGAUCAUUGAUCUCAAGCACUCCUCUGACUGACUUGUGCUUCGAUAAUUCUAUGCCAAGCAAUGGGAAGGUACCAAAUAGGGAUGGUAUAUUUCAACUGGUUCCCAAAUGUGAAGAGGAUGGGAAUUCUGACGGUGAGCAACUGAAAGCAAAAUUGCUAUUGACAAAGACUAAUCGUAAAAUUGUUUACAUGGAGUGUGAUGAGGAGGUUUUAGACUUCCUAUUCAGUUUCCUCACCUUUCCCCUUGGUGCCGUAAUCAAACUGCUUAAUAAGAGUUCAUCCAUGGGAUGUGCUGAUAACUUGUACGGAAGCGCUGAGGUUUUGAGCUCACAAGAAAAUCUUUGCAUCAAGUCUGAGGAAUGUAAGACAAUGCUGUUAGGUCCUAAGUUGGCUCCAUUUUGCGGUGUCAAAACGCAGCUGUUAAAGAUUGGGGAGUUGGUUUCUCGUGUAGACUCUACAAGCGCGAGAUGCUUCACAUGUUACAGAAACGGAUUCAGUUGCGGCCAUCGGCUGUAUAUCGCUACACUUAAGGAAUUGAACCCGAAAUUCCCAAACAAAAUGACCGAACCAGGGGGAGGAUAUGCAAAGGGACAGUGUAAGUUCAUGGUUACAGAUGACUUGGAUGUGGCUCUCGUAUCUCCAUUCUCUACAGUUCGUAUAAUCAACGAAUUUGGAGUUUCCAUCAGUAAUCUCGUGGAGGAGGAGGUUGGCAUCGGAGAGACGCAGGCUUUAAAUCUGUUGAAAGCUGCGUUGUGCUCUGAAACUGCACUGACUAAGGUUUUCUCCAGCAAUAAGCGAAAGGCGUGCUCGUUAGAUUAGUCUUAAAGACUUGUUUAGAACAGACUGGAAUGAGCCUGAUCGCCCUUGCGUAAUGUGAUGUCUAGCGCGAAAGUUUGUUACUUAUCCUUACGUGUCCAAUAUGAUGAAGUUAAUUCAUAACACUGUGGUGGUAUGCAGCUGGAUGUUUUACAUUAUUGUAGCUGCGAUUUUGUAUCUAAAAAAUCUAUGUUCCUCUUGCAA